UGGCUCCGCUCGGCGAUGAGUUUACCGCAGAAGGCGGCUUUGAAACCCGGCGCGGCGGCGGCGGCGGCGGCAGCGGGGCCCGGCCCCGGGAGUGGGGCGACGGCUGCGGCGGCGGGGCCGCCUCCCCCCCCGGCUCCCCCUCACCCGACGGCGGCGCCCGCGCCUCACCCCGCCAUCAGGGCCCUGCCGCCCGCGGCGCCCCAGCAGAUCCCCCGCGGCCCCGUGCAGCAGCCCCUGGAGGAGCGGAUCUUCACGCCGACCGUCUCCGCCGUGUACAGCACUUUUAUCUCCACACAGGUAACACAAGUAGCAAGACAGCCGGGUCCUCCUGCCCCAUCCCCUUACACUGCACAUGAAAUAAAUAAGGGACACCCAAAUAUCGCUGCAACGCCACCGGGACAUGCAUCGUCCCCAGGGCUCUCACAGGCUCCUUACCCCUCAGGACAGAAUGCAGCUCCAACCACGCUGGUGUACCCUCAGGCCCCACAAACAAUGAACACUCAGCCUCAGACCCGCUCACCGCCCAGCAGAACAGUGCCAAUACAUUGCACAGACAACUGGAAGAGGAGGAAGGUUUUGGAACAGAGUCCGGUUUACAGGUCCCUGGCUGGAAGAGGCUGGAUAAAAUACUGCAUUUUUGCAGCGGGGCCUCGACCUGCCCAUCACCAGGGAGGAUUCAGACCUAUACAGUUUUUUCAGAGGCCUCAGAUCCAGCCUCCACGAGCCACCAUCCAGAACAGCAGCCCUUCCAUCCGUCCUGGUGCACAAACACCAACCGCAGUGUAUCAGACCAACCAACACAUCAUGAUGGUUAAUCACCUGCCGAUGCCGUAUCCCAUGCCUCAGGCACCCCAGUACUGUAUACCACAGUAUCGCCACAGUGGCCCGCCCUACGUCGGGCCCCCCCAGCAGUACCCAGUGCAGCCGCCCGGGCCGGGCCCCUUCUAUCCAGGACCGGGUCCUGGGGAAUUCCCCAACGCCUAUGGAACACCUUUCUAUCCGAGUCAGCCGGUGUAUCAGUCAGCGCCCAUCAUAGUGCCUACACAGCAGCAGCAGCUUCCACCAGCAAAAAGAGAGAAAAAAACGAUCCGGAUCCGGGAUCCAAACCAGGGGGGCAAAGAUAUAACAGAAGAAAUAAUGUCUGGUGGGGGCAGCAGGAACCCAACGCCACCCAUCGUCAGACCCACCUCCACUCCGACCCCACCUCAGCAGCUGCCCAGCCAGGUCCCUGAGCCCAGCUCUGCUCUCUAUGGGCCAGUGGAGAGCACCCACCUCACCGCCGGCACCCCCAGCCCUGCGGCCAUCGCCCCAAAGCAAGAAGAGAAGCCAAAACCAGACCCAGUAUUAAAGCCGUCUUCUCCGGUGCUCCGGGCAGAGCCUGCAGCAGAGAAGCAGGAGCUGGUCAUGCCUGUGGCUGAGCCCACCCCACCCCACAGCCCGCCGGCCCCCACUGCAGCCCAAUCACCACCCCCUGCCCCACUCACAGCUGCUGCCACCACCACUCCUGCUAAACCCUCACCUGCUGCCAACCCCGAGGAGAGAUGUGAAGUCACUUCCCCCAAGGAGGAGGCGAUGCCUCUCCCCAGCACCGUGCCCUGCUUGGACAUGUCAGACCCUGUGCCUGCAGAGGAGCCCCGUGGAGAGACGUGCCAGGAACCAGGCAGCGCUGCAGCACCUGGUGAUGUGCUGGUGACUGUUAGCAUGAGCGCGAUUAACGAAUUGAAUGGAGUGAAUGAGAGCGUCGCUGCUGCAGAGAGUGGAGCUGACGUGGCUGCAGGGGAUGUUGUGCCGCUCGCUGCCAACCCGCAGGAACCAGGGGCAGCUCCUGGGGACCUGGGCACAGCACCGCUCCCCAGCACCCCCUGUGCAGCCCCAUCCCCUCCUCCUGCCCCAGCUGCCAGCCCUCCUCUUCCUCCUCCUCCUCCUGCUACUCUGACCAGUGCAGCCCCUUCCCCACCGCUGCCUCUGCCUCCCAGUGCCCCUCCUGCUCAGAGAGAUGUGGAGGGAGAGGAGGGUGCAAGGACUGCUCCUAGCGAAGAGCUGACAGAUACUGAAAAGAAGGAAGAGACGGAGGCAGACGGGCAACCAGAGGAGAGCAUGGAGGCUGCAAGCUUGAGCUCUAACAAGAGUCCUGUCCCAACUUCAACUGCUGUAACUGCACCAAAGACAUGGAAGAAACCAAAAGAGUGGACCCAGGGCACUGAGGAGCUGACAGAGGUGGAGGCGGAGCCUGAAGUAGAAGAGGAACUUUCGAGUGACAAAGUAUUUGAAUCUGAGCAGGAUAACAUGAGCCAUGGGUUUCAUCUGGAGAGAGACCCCUCCGAACUUAAAAAAGUGAAACCUGUGGAAGAGAACGGAGAGCAGGAGGCAGAACCUGUCCGUAAUGGUGCUGAGAGCAUGUCGGAGGGAGAGGGGACUGAUGUGACCUCAGGCUGCACGGAGGGCUCUGCCGAAGGGCCUGCGCUGCAAUACAAGCCAGAGCAGUGGAAGCCCCUGGACCCGGAUGGAAAGAAGCAGUACGAUCGGGAGUUCCUGCUGGACUUCCAGUUCAUGCCCGUGUGCAUCCAGAAGCCAGAAGGGCUGCCUCCCAUCAGCGAUGUGGUUCUCGACAAGGUGAGAGGAGAGCCCAUCAAACAGGUCAACCAGCCCAAAUUGCCACUGAGAACUCUGGACCCUCGGAUACUGCCUCGAGGCCCAGACUUCACGCCAGCCUUUGCCGAUUUUGGGAGGCAGCCUUCGGGUGGAAGAAACGUAUCUGGAAGUGCCUGCAAAGUGCAGAGUGGCCCUGGAUUGCAGUCCCUGGCUCGGUGCGGUUCCCCAGCAUGCCCUCUCUUGGUCUCGCCUCACCCACCAUUGAGGAACCUGCCAAUAGGGUUGUUGAAUGUUGGACCGAGGAGAUCUCAGCCAGGCCAGAGGAGGGAGCCCAGGAAGAUUAUCACAGUCUGUGUGAAGGAGGACGUCCACCUGAAGAAGGCAGAGAAUGCCUGGAAGCCGAGCCUGAAACGGGAAAAUCAAACUGAGGACCCCGAAAAUGUCAAAACCCAGGAGCUGUUCCGCAAGGUACGAAGCAUCUUGAACAAGCUGACUCCCCAGAUGUUCAAUCAGCUUAUGAAGCAAGUCACAGACCUGACAGUAGAUACCGAAGAGAGGCUAAAAGGAGUCAUCGACCUGGUCUUUGAGAAGGCUAUUGAUGAGCCGAGCUUCUCAGUGGCGUAUGCAAACAUGUGCAGGUGUCUCGUGACGCUGAAAGUGCCCAUGGCAGACAAACCUGGGAGCACGGUAAAUUUCCGCAAGCUGCUGUUAAAUCGCUGCCAGAAGGAAUUUGAAAAGGACAAAGCUGACGACGAUGUCUUUGAAAAGAAGCAGAAAGAACUUGAAGCUGCUACCACUCCAGAGGAGAAGACACGGCUCCAUGACGAGCUGGAAGAGGCCAAGGACAAAGCCCGGCGGAGAUCCAUUGGGAAUAUAAAAUUCAUUGGAGAGCUUUUCAAACUGAAGAUGCUGACAGAGGCCAUCAUGCAUGACUGCGUGGUGAAGCUACUCAAAAACCACGAUGAGGAGUCCCUCGAGUGCCUUUGCCGCCUGCUGACUACCAUUGGCAAGGACCUGGACUUUGAGAAAGCAAAGCCUCGCAUGGACCAGUAUUUUAAUCAGAUGGAGAAGAUUGUGAAAGAGAGGAAAACAUCUUCAAGGAUUCGGUUCAUGCUGCAGGAUGUAAUAGACCUUAGGCUGUGCAACUGGGUUUCACGGAGAGCAGAUCAAGGUCCGAAGACCAUUGAGCAGAUUCAUAAAGAAGCCAAGAUAGAAGAGCAGGAAGAACAGAGGAAGGUCCAACAACUCAUGACCAAAGAGAAGAGGAGACCAGGUGUCCAGCGGGUUGAUGAAGGCGGAUGGAACACUGUGCAGGGUACAAAGAACAGCAGAGUGCUGGACCCUACCAAGUUCCUUAAAAUCACCAAGCCCACAAUAGAUGAGAAGAUUCAGCUUGUGCCUAAAGCCCAGUUGGGCAGCUGGGGAAAGGGCAGCAGUGGUGGAGCAAAGGCAAGCGAGAUGGACUCCUUACGACCAAGUGCCACUAGUUUGAACAGAUUUUCUGCUCUGCAGCCUCCAGUCUCAUCUGUGUCUGCCUCAUCUGCAUCCUCAGAACUAGAUUCUCGCAGGGCCUUAACAAGUCGUGGGAGCACGGGCAGGGAGAAGAAUGAUAAGCCUCUCCCACCUUCCCUGUCCCGCCCCAACACCUUCCUACGGGGCAGCAGCAGUAAGGAGCUGCUGCUCGACAAUCAGGCACAGGAGGAGCAGCGGAGAGAGAUGCUGGAGACUGUGAAGCAGCUGACAGGUGGCAUGGAGGUGGACAGGAACAACACGGAGGCAGAGAGGAGCAAAGCCAAGGAGCCUGCAAAACUAGAGGCUCCCCCAGCUCCAGUUCAAGAGAAGCCUUCGCUAUCGGAAGAGGAAAUUGAGAGAAAAUGCAAAUCUAUCAUUGAUGAGUUCUUGCAUAUUAAUGACUUUAAGGAAGCGAUGCAGUGCGUGGAGGAGCUGAGUGCCCAGAGCCUGCUGCCUGUGUUUGUGCGAGUGGGAGUGGAGUCGACGCUGGAGAGGAGUCAGAUCACCAGGGAUCACAUGGGCCAGUUAUUACAUCAGUUGGUGCAGUCGGGAAAGCUGAGCAAGCAGGAUUUCUUCAAGGGGUUUUCAGAUACCUUGGAGAUGGCAGACGAUAUGGCCAUAGAUAUACCCCAUAUAUGGUUGUACCUAGCUGAGCUGGUGACCCCCAUGUUAAAAGAAGGAGGAAUCUCUAUGAGAGAACUUAUACAAGAAUUUAGCAAACCUUUACUUCCUGUGGGAAGAGCCGGGGUCUUGCUUGCUGAAAUCUUGCACCUUCUAUGCAAACAAAUGAGCCAUAAGAAAGUGGGAGCCUUAUGGAGGGAGACUGGCCUCAGUUGGAAGGACUACUUACCUGAAGGGGAGGAUGUACAUACCUUUCUCAUGGAACAAAAGUUGGAGUUCAUGGAGUCCGACUGUUCCAGUUCCUCAGAAGCACUUUCAGAGAAAGAACUCUCUGCGGAAGAGUUGAACAAGCAGCUAGAAAAACUCAUUGUUGAGGACAAGGCGAAUGAUGAACAAAUCUUUGACUGGGUAGAGGCUAAUCUAGAUGAAAGCCAGAUGAGUUCACCUACAUUCCUUAGAGCUUUAAUGACAGCAGUUUGUAAAGCAGCUAUUAUAGUGGACUCUUCUAGCUUCCGCGUGGACACUGCUGUUAUCAAACAGAGAGUGCCGAUCUUACUCAAGUACCUAGACUCAGACACAGAGAAGGAACUACAAGCACUUUAUGCACUACAAGCAUCAAUAGUAAAACUUGAUCAGCCUCCUAAUUUGUUGCGGAUGUUUUUCGACUGCCUGUAUGAUGAGGACGUCAUCAAGGAGGAGGCUUUCUACAAGUGGGAGUCCAGCAAGGACCCAGCCGAGCAGAAUGGGAAAGGAGUAGCGCUGAAAUCCGUCACAGCGUUCUUCACAUGGCUACGGGAGGCCGAAGAGGAGUCAGAGGAUAAUUAAAACUUAAAAUACAGGAAAAAAAAAAACAAAAAAACAAACCCACAAAAAAAACAAUUUAAGUAUUUUUUUAAAAAGUUUCACGUCUUCGCCAAUCACAGUGCAGCAAGGCCAAUUCUCGCGCAGAGCCCCCCUUCCCCCACACAUGCACGAGUGGGAGAGGUAAAAGUAGAUAAACACAAAGGUGAUCAUGGAGGAAAGAAAAGGUACUUGAAAAAACAGUAAACUUCAAACCUGGCAGGAGCACUAAACCAAAACACAUGUAUUAUUUAUAGAAAAUAUUUUCUGUUUUAAUCUUUGGUUUUUUUUGGUUUUUUUUUUGUUUCCUUUUCUUUUUAAACGAGGACUCACGAAAACACGAAGCAAAACAAACCUGUUUAGCAAAAAAAAAAAAAAAAAAAAAGGUUUAAAACUUUUAAUUUAUUAUUUUAAGGACUGCAAAUGCCAGUGUAAUUUUUAAAUUUGCAGUUUCUGUAAACAAAUUGUAUAAUAGAACAAAAGCAGAGAAAUAAAUUUCCCUCCCCUUCGUAUGCACCUCAGUUUUGUUUCAAAGCAUGAUAAAUAGCGACAGCUUUUCAAGGGGGUUGGGGUAAGCUAGAUGAGGAAGAGAUCCUUUUUUUUCUUUUUUAAAUUGUCAUCAGAUUUUUCUGCCUGCCUCUCAGCUUGCUUCAGAAACAUAAAAGGACGUAGUGCAUAACCUUGCAUCGGAAGGAAGUGAAUUUGAGAAAACGGCUGUGGACCAGAGUGCUCCAAAAAUAACUCAUUCAAAACAGUGCUACCCUGGGGAAAAAACAAAGUACUAGUGAUACUUUCAGAACCUUUAGAGCAACUUUAAGGCUUGUAAAUACAUAGAACAAAUAUUUAAAAAAAAAAAAAAAAAGAAAAAAAAGAAAAAAGAAAAGAAAAAGAAAAAAAGAAAUUGACUCGGAUACUAUUUCUUUUCACUUUCAAAAUAUAAAGAACAAAAUAAAGACAAGCAUUGCAAGUUUAAAAGAAAGUAGAACGACUUCUCCUUUGACAGCUGCUGAAUGUGUGCACCAUCACAGCGGUGCUGGCUUCCCUUUCGUUGUGUAGAUCCUCGAUUCCAAAUCGUGUACAUAUAGUGUGUGUAUGUAUGUGUGUCUACCAAAAAAAGAGGGGUGAGAGCAAUUGUUUUUAUAACAACAACAUGAAUGUGGGGGGUUGCUGCGUGGGAGACUUUCUGCAGAGAACUUAAUGGCCAGCAGCAGCUGGCUGCUUGCUGCAUGCUGCUGAGAGGCUGCAGGUGGCCACAGGGCCAUGCCUGUUUCCACAGCCGUAUGAGUGUGGUGCCUCGUGUGACUUGGAACAGUGGUGUUGUCCUGGGGACUUAUGACACAGCGACUACGGAGGUUGCAGCUGUUGGAGCAGAGAAUCCUGAUAGCCCUUCUCCAUGGCUUGUUUAUCUGUUGCUGCCCAGCUUCCAGCACUCUUUUCCUCACCUGCUGGCUGCCCUGGUGUUCGUUAGAAACCCAGAAACCCAGAAGGGUGAAAAGGAACACGACCUAUCAGAAUCAAGAGGUGGAACAAGCGCAGGGAACAACACGGUGCUCUUCCCAGCCUGCCCACCCUAUGAGGUGCCUGAGGCCUGCUCACCAAGUGCCAACUGAGCUGCUGCUGGGUACAUUAAGUCUCCUGGGUGUCUCAUCAACAACCAAAGAUGACCUGCUGGCUCUCACUGUGAAGAAGCGUCUGCCAUCAUCGAGUUUGUGAAGCCCCAAGAUGUAGUUUGUGAACUGUGGUCUGUGGACCACGAGUAACCUGUGGAGCAUUUGCUGGUGGUCUGUGCAGCUCUAGCUGUUCACAUGAUGCUGUCUUUUUUUCUUUCCAGCUGCUAAAUCACUACUUUUUAAUCUUAACAACAACAACAACAA